AUGGAGAAAGACGCGGUGCUGGUGUGCACGGUCCUGGGCUUCCUCAGCUCAGUCGCGGUCACCCUCGGCUUCGUCGCCAACAACUACAGCUCCAAGUCCGUGGAGUACGACGGGACGAACUGCGUGUACCGGAGUCCGCCGGCGAUGGGGCUCGGCAUCCUGGGGGUGUUCCUGGUGUUCAUCAACCAGGUCAUCGUCGCCGCCUACGCCAGCGGCUGGUGCCUUUGCCUCUGCUGCUGCUGCCCCUGCUGGACCAAGCGCCGCCGGCUCGCGCCAACGCCGUCCAAGCGGCACAGGCUCGGCAUCAUCCUCUCCAUCUUCUCCUGGGUCCUGACGAUCGUGGCGAUGGCGAUGUUCAUUGUCGGCGUGACGGAGAGCUCGCGGGAGGAGGCGCCCAUCUCCAAAACCCCGACCUCCUAUGCGUGCAGGGAGCCGGGGACGAUCGGAAGCUUCCCGACGGUGUCCCUGUCCUCCCUCAUUGCCGUCGUGCUCGGGAUCGUGUCCUAUGUGCUGCUCGAGACGGCUGCGCCGUCGCACUCGCCGCCCGAUGGGCUGUUUCGCCUGGAGGUUGCCGGCGGUGCGACUAGUACGGGGCAGCAGCAGAUCCAGCUUCAGGCUAAUGGACCGACGGCUGGUGCGGAUCAGGAAGCAGAGCAUGUAUCGCUGGCCACCGCGGUUUGA